CACUGGCCCGGCCGCCUCUCCCCGCCCCGCCCCGCCGUGUUUGCCUUUCUCCCGGAUCCGAUCCGGAUGAAGGGCCUGCCCUGCCCCUGCGCUGCCCUGCCCGACUUCUGCCGGCCGGGGUCUCUCUUCAUGGCCGAGAGCUCGGGGACCCAGGCCCCGGGGAAAGGGCCCCCGCUCAGCAUCCAGCUCCUGCGCGCCCAGUACGAGGACCUGCGGCGGCAGCAGAGGGCGCGGGCCCACCUCGUGAUGCUCCCGACAGGGGGGAACAUGCCUGCUCCUGCUGAACCCAUGGUCAGUGCUGUUUGGAUUAACAAGGAGAGAAGGAGCUCACUGUCCCUGAAGGAGCUGGAUCCAGAGGCAGUGGAGAUGCCAGAGAAGGCAGACAGAAGCUGUCUCCAGGCCCCUGUGUCUCCAUGGCAUACACACCUAGAGAUGCACCUCUUAGCCCAAACCUUCCACCAGGAAACCAGCCAUCAAGUAAAGCAUAAGGGCAAGCUUAUGGGGUCUGACCAAAGGCUCCUUCAGGGAGGAGGCUCAGGUUUGUUUGAAGACAAUCAGAGGACUCAACAAGGGACCAAAGUCCCAGAGGGAACUCAGUGCCAAUGUCAGGUUGAUAACACCCAAGCAAAGGCAGUGAAAUCCGGCUUAAACAUUGGUAUCCAGUGCCCUCCUUCCACAAAGAACCCACAUAGGUCUGGCAAACCAGCACAUUAUCCAUUUCCCCAAAGGAAAACUCCCAGGAUCUCCCAAGCUGCCCGGAACCUGGGCUUAUAUGGCACAACCUGAAGCUUUCUAUUCAGCCAAAUGGCUCAGCAUUGAGGCCAUCUGUGGCUUCAUCAAAGAACCAGAGAAGCAGAGGCACAACCAGGGCCUCUAGCUAGGAGCAAGAACUGGCCUAACCCAAUUGCAGGAAUUGUGGGAAAUGGAUUUCAUAGUAAGCAGAUGGUCUUGUCUUUCAAUGAAGGACAAUGAAGUGAUUGCUUAAGCCAGAUUGCUCAUGGUUCAAGAUGAAAGUACCGUUGGAUCAAUGCAGCCCCAUUCUGCUUAUAUAAGAAGACAUUGUGAUGGAGCCCAGGGUGCCCAUUCCUUAGGGAGGUCUGGUUCCCUGGAUGCCCAUUCACUGGGGAGGUCCAGUAGGACAUCUGCUCAGUCUCUGGAACUACAGAAUUUUGAAACAUAAGUCAGGGACCUUAGCCAAUGGUCAAUGGGCAUGGGCAAUCUUCCUUUCAAUCUAUUCUGAUGACUUCUCACAUAUUCUGGAGAAGAUGAGCUCUGAGAAUUGCCUUUUUCUGGUUGGUAUGCCUGGGCACCAUCUCACUUAGAAGUCACUAUAUUCAUCAGUGGUGACCAAACGGUUUCAACUUUAGCCUCUCAAAGCAUGGUGACCCUGGCUAAAGAGGACUGGAACAAUGCCACCUACCAUUUUAUGUAUUCAGAGGGUAUUUAGGAAGGGUUGACAUCUGUCAGCAACUGCUGAGACUGCACAUCUAACAUCAUCACUGAUUUACUUACUCCCCCUUUCUCCCCUUCUAGCCUCCCCUCUCCUUCCUUUUCCUUACUUUGUUCUUUCUCUUUCUCUUUAUCCCUCUCUCUCUUUCUUUCCAGAUUAAGUUCUUUUUAAAAAUUGCCAAUCAUUUAAAAUAUACAGUGAUGGGGUCCUGGGCAAAAGAAGAAAAAGAAAUGCUCCUGCCUGGAAUAUUUGUGUUCCCCACCAACUACUCUCUUUCCAGCCAAAUAUUGAUCAUUCACAUCCUUCCUGGGAUCAAAUUAUAUAUAUAUAUAUACCUAAGUUUAAAUGAAGUAGGUGUUAUUUGGGUGAUGGGGAAGAAAAUAUGUCUCUUCUGGUUAAUGUUUAACUUUUGUAAUGAUAUUUCAAGAUACUUAAGAUGCCUUUAUCUCAUGUCAGAUUCUCUUCCUUAAAGUUUCUCCUAUAUCUUCCUUUUUUCCCCAUUGUGAUCCAGUUGGGCCUAUCCACAUCCAGAGUUGUUAUCUGAACAUGACAUUACCUGUCAAAAUAUAUACACAUCUUCUCCUUGGGCCACCUAUAAAUUCAUUUCAAUUUUGGGAUUCAUUGUGCUUCUUUUUGUGAAUAAUUAAUAAGAUUCAGUUGUUAAUUUUAUAAACUAAUGAGAAACAAGGAAAUUUUCUGAAAAAACUUUGUCCUUUGCUUUUGUUUUAAAGGGAAUCCCAUAAGUAAACCCUCUUUCUACAGUCUGUUUAAUCUCUCUCUUCAUUGCUCCAAAACCUCUACAGGUUUGGCAAUAUAGGCAGGGCAAGGUGAAGGAAUGCACAUGGGCACUGGAGUCAGGAGACCUGGAUUUUUAUCCAGCCACUCUUGAUGUGUUAUUUGGGCCAAGUUAUGUAAUCUCUCGGCUUCGAUUUCUUCAUCUGUAAAACAACAGAGAUAAUGUUCACUUUUGAAAGGAUUAGAAAUAAUAUGUGUGAAAGUUCCUGGCACUCUCA